AGCUGCUGGAGCGCUGUCUCUGCGUCGUUUCCAUCGACGACGACGUGCUACCGACCACUUUUAACAAUCCCAUGAAGAAAGAGGACCGAUGGAUCGGCGAUCGAGAUUACGCGAACGUGCUUCAUCACGCUCUUCACGGCGGAGGGUCCCGACACUUGGGCGCGAAUCGCUGGUUCGACAAAACCUUCCACGCGAUCCUCGGCAAGGACGGAAUGUGGGGACUGACGUACGAGCAUUCCGCUGGCGAGGCACCGGCCGUCUUCAAAGCUUUCGAGGAGAUAACGGAGAAGGUGGACUCUAUGUCGCCACCGGAUGAAAAUCUGGUACCUUCGCAUCUACCGGCGCCCGAGAAGCUAGAAUGGUCCCUCACCGAGCAAAGUUUAAACGACAUUCGAGAGGCCAUGAUGAACUUCGACGCACUGGUCGAGGACUUGGAUCUCUGUAUUCUGUGGUUCGAAGAUUACUCGAAGGAGUUCGUCAAGUCCUGCAGAAUCAGCCCGGACGCGUACAUACAAUUGGCGCUUCAGCUCACGUAUUUUAGACUCCACGGGAGAUUGGUGGCAACUUACGAGAGCGCCGGCAUCCGGAGAUUCGCGUUGGGUCGCGUGGAUUGCAUCCGGGCCGCCAGUCCGGAAGCAUUGGCGUGGGCGAGGGCGAUGUGCCAGGGCGACCCCCAUGGUCAGACGAAUCAGCCGAACCACGCCGUGGACGGGAGCCCCAAAAGAGCGGAAAGGAUCAAGGAGCUGUUUGAUCUGGCGGUGCAGAGGCAGACGAAAGAGAUGAACGACAACAUAUAUGGCCAGGGUAUCGACAACCAUCUGAUGGGGCUGCGUUACGCGGCGAAGGAGGCCGGCGAGCCGAUCCCGGACAUCUUCACGGACGAGGCUUACGCGAUCGUUAAUCACUUCGCCCUUUCGACGUCACAGGUGACGACGAAGAACGACGUGAUCGCCGGAUACGGGCCGGUGGUGCCGGACGGCUACGGAUGCGCCUACAACGUGAGGAAGAACGGCUUCAUCUUCUCGGUCUCGGCCUUCCACAGCGACGGUAGGACCAGCGCGAUGCAAUUCGCGCAAACGCUGGAGCAGAGUCUGCGGGACAUGGCGGCGAUGAUAAAGAAUUCGAAGAAGUGAUAAACAGGCGCG